AUGUCGCUGGAUCUCGAGGAAAUAGAAAUCGACAAACACCAAUUCACCCUUGCCAACUGUGGCUUAUCAGACUUCCAUGAGUACUUACAAUACAUCAAUCGAUUUGUAUCCCAAUUCAUGUGUAUCUGGCUUCACCUCUCUAUAAUUUGCCGGCUAUUCGUUGUGAACAAUUUCAGAGUCAAAAGUGACUAUCAGAUACUGAUUAUAGCACAGUCAGCCAUCAAUAUUGCGGCGUGUGCGUUUGAUGUUAUAGUUAAUGAGAUCCAAACCCAAAACGGAUGGUAUAUAAAAAUCGGUCACCCAUUCUGGCAGCUCUCCAUGAAUGAGAGGUUGUUCUAUAUCAUUGGGUUGACAGUGUUCUCCACUAGUUCUCAGGAUAUUCUCAUGCUUUUCAACUUGCAUAGACUAUUUAUUAUCAAAAAAAAAAGUCUGGUAAUCUUGUAUGCGAUUGCAAUCCCUUUAAUGCUUAUUGGGCCAAUUGGAGAUGCUUAUACCGCUGUUCCGGUUAUCAUGGCCGGCCGUGACAAUGACCUAUUCUUUAAGCAAAGUCAGAUUGUUGGCAUUGCUGUAAUCAUUAUUAUAUGUUAUGUCAAAUUAAACAAGGAGUUUGCCACAAAUCCCAGUUUCUCUGAAAAAACCAAAAGAUUACAGCAGAAAUUGAGUUGGAGUAUAUUGAUGCAGCUCACCCUUCUCUGCGUCAUCCUUUUCAUCCUUAAAAUUCUACCAUGGGCUAUCGAAAAUCUAGUUGACUAUAGCAUAUAUGAAAGAUAUGAAGUGACGUUUAUAAUUUACGCCCUCGUAAUCACCCAGUGGUACUCCUUCCUCUCCGCUGUUUUCAUCGCUUGGUCUAUCGCCGGAUUCUUCAAGAAUCCGACACCUCCAACGACAAAACAACACUCGGAUUCGAAAAUUUUCCAGGUGGAGCCGCAAAGGAAGCAAUCGGUGAAAACGGCGUUUGUGUAG